CAACAUUCUGUGCAUUCCAAAGGAGUCGUGGGCAAGUAGCACUGAACCAUUUUAUUGGCGAAACUUUAGUCGGCAAUAAUGUGAAACAUUUCGGGCUCCUAUCGAGGAAUGGAAAAGUGCAAAACAAAACGUUUGCUGGAUGAGAAUGAAAGACAAACGAAAUUACAUGGAAACCGCCUAUAGUAUCCAUGGAAACGCUAAUCGACAAUGGAACGCUGCUUCUUACUUGCGAGUCCAAAAAGUGGGAACCAUUUGAAAAGUUGUCACUGAUUCCGCUGAACGUUGAUCUUUUAAGAUUUGAAUCAACUCAGAAUGAUGACGUCACUUAAAGUUGUCUGAAACAGAAAAACAAAUAUGGCUUCCUUUCGACUGCCCAAGAUCAGCGACUCAAAGUCGACAGCAGACCAAUGUUCCGAGAAACGUCGACGGAUUUCGACCGGGUCCAUGCGCAGCGGUCGGUCCGGCGGGAGCAUGGAGCCUUCCCCACCCACGAUCGACAAAAUUCGGCCCGCUACCAUGAGGCGGACCCUAAAGAGAUCCAUGUCGGUGCCAGGACUGGCUCUGAGUACCAGCGAUCGUGCAUCCUUCCAGGGCGAGUCCGGCAAACGGGGACCGAGUAUUAUCCACCGUGGAUUGUUGGGAACCAGCGGAGGGCUUGAUACGGAACAACUGAUUGAGAACAAGCGGAUGGAUAUGCGGGUUCGGGCUGAUAAGGAGUACCGCGCCGCUUCGGCCAAAGUCAGCGAUUUCUGCACGCGCACUGCUGCCGCCAAUGUCGACCUGCGGGACGAUCGACUGAUCGACACUGUCGACUGCAUGGAAGAUGCCGACAUCGCGGCUGAGCGGCUGUUUAUGAAUAACACGGUACUGCGGAGACCAAGACGAAACGGAUUCAUGCCGAAUAUUUACCAGGGUCCAACGGGAACUUUAGCCAAUCAGCAACAACUUGAAGACGAUCACACCCAGCAACCUCAUCCUCGAUCUCAUCCAUUGGAGUCUCAUUCCACGGACUAUGAACCAGGGACCUCCCACGGACCUCCUGGGCACGACCUGGAUGAUGGCGAAGCAGCCAGUGAGAUGGUUGAGAGAAUCAGUCGGUGGUUGGAGGAUGUGGAAAGAUUGAAGAGAGACCCAAGCGAAGAUUUGGCUGCUGGGAUAUCACUCGUGGCUCUCACGUGAUCAAGGGAGCUCCGCCAUUUUUUUUGGCAUUUUUUUUGUUUUUGUACAAAAUGUCUUCAUGUUUCAUAAGCGUUUCAAAAGUAAACGGCAAAUUAUAUUGUCAGUGAAAACAAAACCAACGAAUAUAAUCGAACAAGUCAUGUUCAAUCUGCAAUAAAUGUAUGUGGCAUCAUUAUUACC